AGAUAGCAAAUGUACGGUCACAUCUGAUGAUAUCCCAGAAGUGACACACAAGCUUGCCUCUUGGUGAAAGGGUCGUCCUCUUCUCAUCAGCCCGCUUUUCACUGUGGGACGCGACUUUCCUCGUGCAAAAUGAUGCAACAUCAUGCGCAGCCGCACCAUCUACACCUGUGACACCUGUGGUGGCGAGUACAACAAGAAAGAGCAUUAUGAGCGACACGUUCGUGUUCACACGCGCGAACGUCCGUUCGCCUGUCCUCAUUGCCCAGCCAAGUUUCCUCGUCGCGACACCUUACGCCGCCACAGACGUGCUCGCCAUGCGAGUGCAAGCUCGGACACGACACCGCCAGCGCAGUCUAACGUUAGCUUGACAAGAGAUGAUCAAGACCCGAUUGCAGAUGUAACUUCCAUUCAGCAACAACCCGGCAUUGUCGAGCCCGCGAGCCACGCGAUUGUGUCACCCGAAGCCGUGGAAAACAAUUCACAUCCUAGUCACCCGCCAUGGCCGGUGUCUUUUGAGAACUUUGACUGGCAAUGGGACACCACGCUUGACCUCGAUGCGUCGUAUUCCGUCGAGGAUUUACAAAUAUACACGCAGGAAAAUGAGACUCUCGGCCAAAGCUGGCUGCCGCUACCCCAGUCGAGGCCAGAACUGUACCGGCCGACAACUCAACCAAUCCACAGCCAGCGUGAACCAAAUCUAACGCCUCUCGCUACUCCGCCCACUGUCCCUAUCGACACACAGGUCUCUACUGACGGAACACCCAGCUCCGGAGUAGACGAGAGCUCUCGGGGGAUGCUUUCGUUGAGCCUCGAGCAACGCGUCCCUGAGACAACGUUGCCGUCGACUACAUUCCUCAAUCGAUGCAUUUAUAUGUAUACAACUCGUGUCUGGCCCAUUGUCCCGAUAGUACAUCUUCCGACUUUUGUGCCUGCACGAACACACCCUCUUCUGUUGCUGACAAUAUGCGCCGUAGGUGCUUUGGCAGAUGGAAGUGAGACUGCGUACGCUCAUGCUGUCCGAAUGUUUGAAAGCGUGCGGAAGGCCAUUCUUGUGUCUUUCUCCCUGGAGUUCGCCAGCCACGAUGAUGUCUUUGCGGUGCUCCAGGCGGGGGUUAUCGGACAGACGUGCGCAAUUUUGUCUGGACGAUCGGCAUUUUUUCGGGUAGCUCGUUCUUUCCAUGGUGCUAUGAGCGGACUCUCGCGGGACUACGAGCAGGCAUCUGCCCGAUCUGGUGGUCCACCGUUCUCGGACGCCCAUGACAGUAACUCCUCUAUCAAUGCUACCGCCGAGUGGCGAUGGUGGAUCAAGGAACAGAGUGCUGCACGUUUGCAUAACGCUAUCCAGAUACACAACGGAGAGCUCGCUGCGACGCUCCACGAGCCAGCGCAGAUACGGACCCAAGCGAAUCGCAUCCAUGCUGCAGAUCCUGACAGUAUUUUUCUUGCGAAGAAUGUGGAUGAAUGGGGCAAGCUCCGAGCACUUCGGGCGACCUCAGGCCGCCAUUCGACGGCCGUGUUCUCAUGCUGUGCUGAACUUGAACGUAUCAUCGCUGAGAUCGGACAUCGCAGAUUCUCCAACAUCGCAAGCGCAACCACUGGUAACAGGCAGGAGAUCGCAAUUUUGCUCAUCCAGUGGUUGGAGGGUCGUCGUGAGGUCUUGUCGCAGGAGCGAUCUCACCGGUUGUCGCCAAUGAUUUUGUGGCAUUCGAGCUUUCUUUUGCUGGACUGCGACCUCGAGAUGAUGGAGCAGCGUUUCGGCGAAUGGCCCGGCAAUCUUGCAUCUAUCGGGCUCACAGCGCAUACGACCAUGUCCAGUAACUCGAUCCGGCAAUGGGCAAACUCCGAUGCUGCCGAUUUCGCGAUUCGUCAUGCUGUCCUGAUUAUGAGAAGUCUGGAACAUAUUCGCAUCAAUGAGCCAACGGCAAUUCAUGUUGCGCGCUGCGCAUGGCACGCUGGGCUUGUGCUAGCUGCUUACUCAGCUUUUGCGCCCGGCCAUGGUGAUGUUUCGCCGUAUAGUACGUCUGCUGAGACGCGGCACUCUCCAGAACUGUUGAGCGGAUGGCGAAGUGGACUUUUCAGCGAAACUGACUGGAUUGUUGUAGGGCAGCCUAUUGGUCGAGAGCAGUGUCGCACGAUGGCCUACUCAAUUUGUAGUAGUCUUCGCUCUUUAGGGACUUGGGCUGGUGCUGCGCGGUUUGCGCAAAAGCUGGACAAAGCGCUCGAGGUCGCUGAUGCGUAAUUAUCGCUGUCUACUAUAUAACAACCCUAUGUUAUAACCUUGCUACACCC